GGACCCUGGAGCCCUCGGUUUCAGGCUGCCGGAGGCCUCCGCAGACGGAGUCCUCACCUCAUGAGCUCGGGCAGAGGCGCCUGGGGACCGGGCUUGGCUCACUGGGUGAUUCCAGCAGCUGAUGAGGCGAAGAAUCCUACCGUGAAGUCCCACACGUCCGUCAGGAGGGCUUCCCUAGAAACUCGCUCAUUUUCGGCCUCGGGUUCCAGCAGAGCUCCCACUAUCAAGAUGCCUGCUGCCCCUGUCCCGGCGGUCGUAAGCGGCCAGGUGCUCCCGGCCUUCCUGCUCUGCAGUACGCUGCUGGUGGUCAAGAUGUACGUGGUGGCCGUCAUCACGGGCCAAGUGAGGCUGCGGAAGAAGGCUUUUGCCAACCCUGAGGACGCCCUGAGACACGGAGGCCCCCAGUAUUGCCGGAGCGACCCGGACGUGGAUCGCUGCCUCAGAGCCCACCGGAACGACAUGGAGACCAUCUACCCUUUCCUGUUCCUGGGGCUCGUCUACUCCUUCCUGGAGCCCAACCCUUUCGUGGCCUGGGUGCACUUCCUGCUCGUCUUCCUGGGCCGCAUGGUGCACACCGUGGCCUACCUGGGGAAGCUGCGGGCGCCCACCCGCUCCCUGGCCUACACGGUGGCCCAGCUGCCCUGCGCCUCCAUGGCCCUGCAGAUCAUCUGGGAAGCCGUCCGCCACCUGUGACCAGCAGCUGACACCUCGGCCGCCGGACUGUUGGCCCCCAGCCACCGUGGCUGUCCUUGGACAACUGGGCGUCACUUCGAGAUUGGGAUGGGCCCCAGGACCCGUUUCCUGGCAACCUGCCGAGCGCAGACUCCUGGCCAGGCUGGCCUCUGUGUGUGCACACAUGUGCACACAUGUGCACACACGUGUGCCCCUUGGAUUCCUGGGUGAAGUGGCCAGUUGGAAACGUUUGGAGAGGGUUGUCAAGACUGAUAGACAGUCAAUCCCUCCAUCCGAAUAACAGCAUUGGAAACCUCACUCCCUCCCUCUCCCACCCUAAGGACAGGAAGAGUGGAUGGAGACUCGGUUCAGGUCCCUAAACCCAAUGACCAUCCAGAGCUAUA